GGUGGCAGCGGCCACAGAGUGCAGAGUGCGGGCUUGGGGGCCAGGCCCUGCCGAGGGCAGGGAAAGUUACCUUUUCUUUCCCGAAGGUGCCGAUAGAGCCGGUGGCUGAGCGACAAGAUGAAUUUCCUCCGCGGGGUAAUGGGGGGUCAGAGUGCCGGACCCCAGCACACAGAAGCCGAGACGAUUCAAAAGCUUUGUGACAGAGUUGCUUCAUCUACUUUGCUGGAUGACCGAAGAAAUGCUGUUCGUGCUCUCAAAUCAUUAUCUAAGAAAUACCGCUUGGAAGUAGGUAUACAAGCUAUGGAACAUCUUAUCCAUGUUUUACAAACAGAUCGUUCGGAUUCUGAAAUAAUAGGUUAUGCUUUGGACACACUGUAUAAUAUAAUAUCUAAUGAUGAAGAAGAAGAAGUAGAUGAUGUUGAAGAAGAAAAUUCCACAAGACAGAGUGAAGAUUUGGGAAGCCAGUUUACAGAAAUUUUCAUUAAGCAGCCGGAAAAUGUUACUCUCCUAUUAUCUUUAUUGGAGGAGUUUGAUUUCCACGUCCGCUGGCCUGGUGUGAAGCUUCUUACUUCUCUUUUAAAACAGCUAGGGCCUCAGGUGCAGCAAAUCAUUUUAGUCAGUCCCAUGGGUGUUUCGAGAUUGAUGGACUUAUUAGCAGAUUCCAGGGAAGUUAUACGUAAUGACGGUGUGUUACUACUACAGGCACUAACAAGAAGCAAUGGAGCCAUCCAGAAAAUUGUUGCUUUUGAAAAUGCUUUUGAGAGACUACUGGACAUUAUUACAGAGGAGGGGAACAGUGAUGGAGGCAUAGUAGUGGAAGAUUGUCUGAUUUUGCUCCAAAACUUGUUAAAAAACAACAAUUCCAAUCAAAAUUUUUUUAAAGAAGGCUCAUAUAUUCAACGUAUGAAACCUUGGUUUGAUGUUGGCGAUGAAAAUUCUGGCUGGUCUGCACAGAAAGUGACUAAUCUGCACGUAAUGCUACAGCUGGUUCGUGUGCUGGUAUCUCCCACCAACCCUCCGGGUGCUACCAGUAGCUGCCAGAAAGCUAUGUUCCAGUGUGGCUUACUGCAGCAACUUUGCACUAUCCUAAUGGCCACUGGAGUGCCUGCUGAUAUCCUGACUGAGACCAUUAAUACUGUGUCAGAAGUUAUUCGAGGCUACCAAGUAAACCAAGACUACUUUGCUUCUGUAAAUGCACCUUCAAACCCACCAAGACCGGCAAUCGUGGUACUUCUCAUGUCCAUGGUUAACGAAAGGCAGCCGUUUGUAUUGCGCUGUGCCGUUCUCUACUGUUUCCAAUGUUUCUUAUAUAAAAACCAAAAAGGACAAGGAGAAAUUGUGUCAACGCUUCUACCUUCCACUAUUGAUGCAACAGGUAAUUCAGUCUCAGCUGGUCAGUUAUUAUGCGGAGGUUUAUUUUCUACUGAUUCACUUUCAAACUGGUGUGCUGCUGUGGCCCUUGCCCAUGCUUUGCAAGAAAAUGCUACCCAGAAAGAACAGUUGCUCAGGGUUCAACUUGCUACAAGUAUCGGCAACCCUCCAGUUUCUUUAUUGCAACAGUGCACCAACAUCCUUUCACAGGGUGAUAAGAUCGACAGACGGGGAAGCAAAAUACAGACAAGAGUUGGGUUACUAAUGUUGCUUUGUACCUGGUUAAGCAACUGCCCCAUUGCUGUAACGCAUUUUCUUCACAAUUCAGCCAAUGUUCCAUUUCUUACGGGACAAAUUGCAGAAAAUCUUGGCGAGGAAGAGCAGUUGGUACAAGGCUUAUGUGCCCUUCUGUUGGGCAUUUCGAUUUACUUCAAUGAUAACUCACUUGAGAGCUACAUGAAAGAGAAACUAAAACAACUAAUAGAGAAGAGGAUUGGCAAAGAAAACUUCAUAGAGAAACUAGGAUUUAUUAGCAAACAUGAGUUGUAUUCCAGAGCAUCUCAGAAACCGCAGCCAAACUUCCCCAGUCCAGAAUACAUGAUAUUUGAUCAUGAGUUUACGAAGCUGGUAAAAGAACUUGAAGGUGUGAUAACUAAGGCUAUUUAUAAGUCCAGUGAAGAGGAUAAAAAAGAAGAAGAAGUGAAAAAAACAUUAGAACAGCAUGACAGUAUUGUGACUCACUACAAAAACAUGAUUCGAGAGCAAGAUCUGCAGCUUGAGGAAUUAAAGCAGCAAAUUUCUACGUUAAAAUGUCAAAAUGAACAGCUCCAGACAGCAGUCACACAGCAAGUAUCUCAGAUUCAGCAACACAAAGAUCAGUAUAAUCUUCUUAAAGUACAGCUAGGAAAAGAUAAUCCGCAUCAAGGUUCUUACAGUGACGCGACUCAGAUGAAUGGCAUUCAGCCAGAAGAAGUUGGGAGGUUACGAGAAGAGAUAAAAGAAUUAAAAAGUAAUCAGGAGCUUUUACAAAGCCAGCUGGCUGAAAAGGACUCUCUGAUUGAAAAUUUGAAAUCUUCCCAAGCAUCACCUGGCACAAAUGAACAGUCUUCAGCAACAGCUUCUGCUCAAGAUUCUGAACAAAUUGCAGAAUUAAAACAGGAACUGGCAACAUUAAAGUCUCAGUUAAACUCACAAUCUGUGGAGAUCACCAAACUGCAGACAGAAAAGCAGGAGCUGUUACAGAAAACAGAAACAUUUGCAAAACCAGCCCCUGUACCAGGAGAGAGUGAAGCUGUAGCAGCUGCAAAGACGACGGACGUGGAAGGAAGACUAUCAGCAUUAUUACAGGAAACGAAAGAAUUAAAGAAUGAAAUUAAAGCUUUGUCUGAGGAAAGAGCUGCUAUUAAAGAGCAGCUGGAUGCAUCUAACAGCACCAUUGCCAUUUUACAAAAUGAGAAAAACAAACUUGAGGUGGAUGUUACAGAUUCUAAAAAAGAGCAAGAUGAUCUGUUGGUGCUGUUGGCUGAUCAGGAUCAGAAAAUAUUUUCAUUAAAGAAUAAACUCAAGGAACUUGGUCACCCGGUUGAAGAAGAGGAUGAACUUGAAUCCGGAGACCAGGAUGAUGAGGAAGACGAAGAUGAAGAUAAUGGCAAGGACCAGGGUCCUAUCUAGCUUUAAAUCUCUAGGAAUGGUAGAGACUAUAUUGUAACUUUGAA